AUGGCACUCGGGCCAUCAGUACCAGCAUCGGCUUUUGUAGUUGUUUAUAAUCCAUCUCAGUAUAUCAACACGAUUACGAAUGGUCAAAAUCCUGAACGAAUCGAAGCAUUGAAACAUCUGCUGGACUGUUUAAUACAAUCGGAUAUCGAUCUGAUCACACUCGGAAGCAUUUGGUUAUGUGUUACAGGUUUAUUAACCAAUGAAGAACAACAAGGGUCAAUAAAUACAGAAACUCGUUUGUUGGCAUUGAAAUGCAUAGUAGAAUUAAUCAAAAUCGAUCAACUACAGCGGCGAUUUUUUAAUCUCUGGCUUUCAUUCGAUUUUCUGAUUCGGUACAGAAUCGAGAAUGAAAAUGACGCCGGGUUAUGGCUUGAAUGUUUCUACUCGUUGACUGAAAAUGGACGACGUAUGGAUUAUAUCGAUGAUCGUUUACGAGUUCGUAUUCUAACUAAAUUGAUUAAUGCAGUUCUAACUAGUCCAAUGAGUCGAAACAAUCAUGCAAAUCAGAUUUUGAGAGAACUCUUCACAAAUCUCUGCCAUUUGCGUUACGAUGAAAUAUCUGUCAUUGUGGAACAUAUUUUCGAGUAUUUAAAUCAUGAUGAGGACGAUGCAUCUAAUCUCAAUCGUAAUCUAUACCAACAAUCAAUUACUAAAUGUCUUGAGAUUUUGUGUUGGCUGAUUGAUUAUCAUACAUUAAACACAACACUAUUACACUAUCUUAUUCAAAAUAUCGUAGAUUUACAUGAUAAAUACACGUUUUCUGCAACAUUAAAUACUGAAUUAUUACAAUUAAUCACCACCCGCUUGCCAAAAAAUCCGAGUUACGGUAUGUCCGUCAUAUCUAUCCUAUGUGGUAUAAUUGUUGAAAGAUUAGAAACACCGAUGAAUGACGAUAUUGAUCCAUUGUCAACUCUUUUAUUUGUGUUAACUCAAACACUGAUCGACAUUCGUCAGUACCGUUCGAUUGAUCAACAUCACGUUCAACUAUCGAACACGGACAUCAUUCAUCAGAAAUGCUUUCAGAAUACAAUUCAGCAAUUACCAUUAUGUUGGUUGACUGUUCUCCAUCAAGUUUAUGUUAAACGUCAGAACGUAAAUAUAAUCUUGAUUAACUUUCAACAAUUUUUAACGAAAUUGAAUGUGAAAACGCCGAUGUGUGCCUUGAAUUUGUUCAAUAUGAAUGUUUGGAAGAUGAUGCACGAAAUCAUGAAGAUUUGUCAUCAAUAUUUAGUCAUUGAUAAAAGGAGUCCGACAACAGUUGCGAUGUAUGAAGAGUGUUUGAUGAUUCUUGCGAAUUUAGCAAAUCAAUUGUGCUGUUUACCACAUACAAUGGUCACGGAUUUAUUCGAUAUCAAACGUUUGACUUUAAUACAGAAAACUCCACUUCGUGAACAAAUGUUCAAACAAUCCUAUGCAAAGUUGUUAUGUUUGAUUCGACCAAAUAAUUCGGAAUGGUCAUCAGCAUUGAAAGAAGUCAUCGAAUACAUUAUUUUAAAUGCAAAUGAGGCAGUGACCACGCGAAUCGAUGCGUUAACAACCGUAUUCGAGAAAUAUCUAUGGUUUAAAAUGACCGAUCAAGUCACCACGAUCGGACAGAUAAUUCUGGAUGCGCUAGAAAAUUUGAUUCAUAUUGACUUGAAUGCGUUGACAGAAGACGAAUUUCUAUCCAAACACGCAUUGAUGAAACAGAAUGCCGUGAAAUCUAUCUUCGAACACUUUCUCUCCGAUCAUUCAAUCGAUUCCACAAUCGCCAAUCAUUGUUACAAGAUCAUUAAAACAGUCUACGAACAAGAUUGUGCUCAUAUCUCGUCGAUUCAAUCGAUUCAUCGGCCACUGAUUGAAAUUAUUCUUGAACAAAUGUAUCUGCUUUUUGAAAAUAAUCUUUCCUAUUCACGUCUAACAUCGGUCAACCAUUGUUCGUUUAUAUUGGAUUUCUUUCUACAGCAAUGCUCGUCGAAUUAUGCGAAAAUCGUUUCGUUUGCUCAAACGAAAAUUCGCCUUCUCAUCUGGCAGUUGUUGUUGAAUAUGCGGCUACGCUCAUCGGAUUUGGCGAUUGGAAUGAUUUCAUUUAAAACAAAUCUCAUCGUCUAUGGAGUUUAUCGAUUGGAUACGGAGCAUAAAGCAAUUGAAAAUGAGAACUUGCUUGAUGUUGCGGGAUAUUUAACAUAUAUGAUCGAUUGGUUGAGCAUGGAAUCACCCGAUGUGAUGAAUAUCAUUUUGGAAUACGUCUGCGCAUUUCUGAAAGAACAAUCAAUGAUGAAACUAAGUGGAAUUAAUAUUGAACAAUUGAUUUCAUUUCUAAUCGACAAAUUUCACGACGAUCUAUUGAGCAAAACUCAGCUAUCACCAUCGUUGAAAUGUCUUCUCGUCUGUACUAGUUACAGAACUCAAAUAUCUCAUCUCGAUUCACUCAUCAAUUGCUUUCUCGAAGCAAUGGAUUCAUCGAAAUCUUCAUUUAUCGUCAUGGCCAUUCAAGCAUUUACUCUCUCAUUAGCGAAUCUUUCGUACGAAAUUCAAAACUAUCUUCCACGAAUUAUUUUUCAAUUAACUAAAACAUCUAAUUACGAUAUGCAUAUCACCCAAACGAUACUCGAGUUUUUAAUGCAUCUUUUAUUCGGAACGUUUCAUAACAUUUCGUUAACAGGUUAUGUAUUUCAAAGUCUCAUCAAUAUCAUCAAUCAACAUCUCUCUCAAACCGCACAUAAUCUAAUCCUGGCUCAUACAUUAUUGUGUUUCUAUUUUAAGCAAUUAGAAAAUUCUGAACGACAUUUAUUCGGUUAUUUCAUUCUUCGAUCUCUGCCAACCACAUCAUCGGCACGUAAUUGUGAACAAAGUUCUCUCGAACGUCCAUCGCGUUUACAUCGCUCUGGCUCGUUAUCAUCACUAAAUGACGAUAGUCAUGCAAAUGAUCCAGUAAGACGAAAAAUGACUGUCUUAGACACCGCAUCGAUCUUAUCGUCCUCAUCAAGUAACGUGGAAGAUAAUAAUCCAUUGAAAAAGUUAAACGACGAAUUGCUUCGUAUCACAACCAACUAUAUCAAUGAACAUCUCUGGGAAUGUUGUCUGCCGAGUUCAGUUUUAGUUUUAUUACCACGUGAAGUACGUCGUCAUCAUUUGAACAAUAGCUGGUUGGCUGACGAGAAGAUUUUGUAUCAAAUUCAAUCGUUUGAUUUCAAUCAAUUGAAUACAGCGAAGGACGUUCUGCUGAAAGUCACUCAUGAAGCGGAUGAUACAGGGAAAAACCGUUUUCGACGAUAUACAGAUGGCAAUAAGCAACGUUCACGAAGGAAUAAAGAAAUACAUUUGUUGACCAAAUGUCAGGAUGAUUUACAUAUUCGAUCUUUAGAAUUGGAUACGAAUCGAUCGGUGUUUAAUGAAAGGAACUUAUGGAUUGCAGUUACUGUUCGUUCGUUCACAAGUACGAAAACAUUUCUAGCUAUCAAUCUAUCAGCUUCAGCUGGCUUAUUACAUCAAAAACACGAAAAACUGCAUUGGUUUGAAGCUAUCAAAUUAAGCGAUACAAGUACUGAUAAAUCCAUAUCAAUGAAGGAUAUACCCAAUUAUUGCGCAGAAGAACACAUAAGUUACUCACUAAAUGAAAUCGCUUUGAAAAAUGAGCUGCAGUCAGUUGUUGGCAAUGUCGAUCGAAAAGAUGAAGAAAAUUUGUUGAAUCGUCACAAUGACUGUUACUAUCCUCGAACAGUUCAUCGCGUUCCAUCCGAUGCUCAUAAAUACAUCGAACCAAUAGACAACAUUAAACCAGUCCGCGUUGCGAAGAUCGGUGUUAUUUACAUUCAUUCCGAACAAAAAAUAACGGAAUCAAACAUUUUGUCAAAUAUUCAAACAUCGCAACGAUAUAAACAAUUCAUGUCAUCAAUUGCUACAUUAAAAUCGAUCAGAAGUCUGGAACAAGACAAUUUCUAUCGUCCAUUAUUAGACGUGAACAACUCAGAUAAUUGCGGUCAGUAUGCUUAUGUCUGGCAAAAUCCAGUCUAUCAAGUCCUGUUUCACACGUCCACAUUAAUGCCGAAUACGCGAGCUGAUCAUGAAUUUAAAAAGAAAUUAAUUGGAAAUGAUUGUGUCAUUAUUGUAUACAAUGAAAGUGAACAUCCAUUCGAUAUGAAAACAUUAAAGACUGGAGUAUGUCGAUAUAUGAUCGAAGUUUGUCCACAAAUCAAUUCGAAUUAUACGCGUAUUCGACUUAUCAGACGAAAUCAUUCCUCUGCAUCACAUGAUUCUUCUAUGGCGGAUUUCAUGUUGUCAAAUGGCAUUGAUUAUUUAAUAUCCGAUGAUCAUGUUGCAUCUUAUGUUCGCAUCUUAGCAUUAUGUUUAUGUCAACAAGUGAAUGACGGUGGUGAUGAACACGAGAGCAAUAAAAUAAAACUAAAGGAAACGCAGAGGACGAUUAUUUCUAAUUUCACCAUAUUUUCUGUCCGUAUGUGUCGAGAACGGAAAAUCGACGACGUUCAAGUUGAUAAUACAGCCACUGAACAAGUCAGUCAAAUACUUGAACAACUUCAUGAUGAAUUGUUUGAAUUGAUAGUAACAACGGCACAUUUACAAGAGGAAAUACAGAUUGAAGCGAGAUUAUCUAAAGAUAAAUGCCAUUACCGGCGGCAAAAACGACGUUAUCCAUUGUCGAUCAAAAACAAACGAUUGAAUUUUCGACAGUUAAAACAGGAAUUACAACGUCAACGGCAAAGUUUCCUUCGUUUCGAACGGCGUUUACGUGCCAAGUAUGAACAACCGUUCUAUGACAUCGUUUCCAAUUCCACGAAAAGUCAACAGCGACGUUGUCGUCGUAUUCGAUCUAUCCCGUCAGAAUCUAUUGAUUAA